CAGUCAGACCGAAAGGGGAGAGCUCCUGCAGCAAAUAUCUGAGUUAACGUUCAUCCUCUCCUUCAGACAAUAGAUAGAGGCUGUCUCGCGUAUGGGACUAUCAUCACCUAAACGAUAGCGCAGUUUGUUUCUGCGGAGACCGCGGAGCACCGUCGCAGUUCUUUUUAGAGCUCCUGCUGGGAUUUCUCUGCGAGGACAAAACCUUGUUGGUGACACGGACAGACCAAAGUCUAAGAUGCCCUAGGCGGAGAAGGGAAAUGUAAAUGGCUUCCAAAGUAAAAGAUGCUGUAGUGUGGUACCAGAAAAAGAUUGGCGCAUAUGACCAGCAGAUAUGGGAGAAGUCAGUGGAGCAGAGAGAAAUAAAGUUUAUUUCUUUGGGCUUGAGGAACAAGCCAAAGAAAACCGGACAUGUGAAACCAGACCUAAUAGAUGUGGACUUAGUAAGAGGUUCAGCUUUUGCUAAGGCUAAACCGGAGAGUCCAUGGACGUCUCUGACCAGGAAGGGCAUCGUCAGGGUCGUCUUCUUCCCGUUCUUCUACAGAUGGUGGAUCCAGGUCACCUCCAGAGCCAUCUUCUUGCUCCUGCUAGCUCUCUAUCUGCUGCAAGUGGCAGCAGCCAUCAUGUAUGUGAGCAUCCCAGAGGCUCAUGGGAUACCAGCCACUGAGGUGUUUGGAGCCAUCUGGCUCAUGCUGCUGCUGGGGACUGUCCACUGUCAGAUCGUCUCCACCCGGACCCCAAAGCCCGUCUCCAGCAGUGGAGGGAAGAGACGCAGGAAGUUGAGGAAGGCAUCUCAGAUGGAAGUGCAUAGGGAAGGAGACGGGUCUAGCUCUACCGAUAACACACAGGAGGGGUCGCCACAUUCCCAAUCAGCCAGCACCACAUACAGCCUGGGCGCUUUCUUCCAAGAUUUCUGGCAUGAUAUCUGUAAAGCUGGAUCCAAGAAGUCCAAGCUUUCCAUCGAUAAAUCCACAGAGACUGAUAAUGGCUACGUGUCGCUUGACGGCCGGGUAAACAAUCGCAGCAGCGAGGAAGGUCUUCAGCUCCACGAGCAGAGAUGUGACUCGCUGAGCAGGGCGGAGGAGGCGUGCUGGAGCUCGCGCAUGUCCCCCCCUCACAGCCACACGGGCCGCAGCUCAGGACUGCUGCUGGUCAGCAGCAAAAAGGAGCCUAUGUCAGAUGAAGCAUCAAGCGAGGAGGAUCCAGAAGCGUCCUACAGCGCCCUCCUGUCCCCCCACAGAGGAGUGGAACGGAUGAACAAUGACUGUACUCUCCGAAACCGCAAGAGCACGCAUCACUACAAGAAGCACUACACAGUGGAGGAUGUCCCAAAGUCUGGAACCAGCUGCAGCUCCAGGUGUUCUAGUCUGAGGACUCAUGACUCCGAAAGCACUCGGCACGAGUCGGAGACUGAGGACUUGAUGUGGGAAGACUUCUUACACUGUGCAGAGUGUAGAUCCUCCUGCACGUCAGAGACCGAGGGAGAAGCUGCAGGAACUCCCGCAUGUCCUCUCAAUAAAAAGGAGUACAGGGACGACCCUUUCCAUCAGGGUCAUGUUCCCUGGCUGCACAGCUCCAACCCUGGCCUGGAGAGGGUGAGCGCCAUCGUGUGGGAGGGAAACGAGUGCAAGAAAGCGGACAUGUCUGUUCUGGAGAUCAGUGGCAUGAUCAUGAACAGAGUUAAUCUUUACACUCCGGGUAUUGGCUAUCAGGUCUUUGGGCACCUCGCUUCCGUCACGCUGGGACUCACGCCCUUCGUUUACAGGCUGGCUCAGUACUGUGAUGUGGAUCAGCUGACUUCGCUGUCAGCAAGCGAGCUGUUGUCUGUGGCUUUUGGAGGAGGCUCGGGAUCAGAUGCUCUGGUUAUUGCCAUGGUUACGCUCAGCUUCCUGGUGCGGGUUUGCCUUAUCUGGCUCUUCUUCUUCUUGCUGAGUGUAGCAGAGCGGACCUACAAACAGAGACUUCUUUUUGCUAAACUGUUCGGACACCUCACUUCAGCCCGCAGAGCCAGGAAAUCUGAAGUCCCACAUUUUAGGCUGAAGAAAGUUCAGAACAUCAAAAUGUGGCUUUCUCUGCGCUCCUACCUCAAGAGACGAGGUCCUCAGCGUUCAGUAGAUGUCAUCGUGUCGUCUGCCUUCCUGCUCACUCUGUCAGUCGUCUUCAUCUGCUGUGCUCAGGUAACAAGGAAAACCCAAACACGCCUCCUCCACGUCCAUGAGACUUUCCUGGAGUAUCACUAUAACUGGGAGCUGGUGAUCUGGUGUUCCAGCCUGUCUCUGUUCCUGCUCAGGUUUGUCACUCUGGGCUCAGAGACCAGCAAGAAGUACAGCAACACUUCCAUACUCCUCACUGAACAGAUUAAUCUGUACCUGAAAAUGGAGAAGAAGCCAAACAAGAAAGAGGAGCUCACGCUGGUUAACAACGUUUUAAAACUGGCAACCAAACUGCUGAAGGAGUUGGACACGCCCUUCAGGUUGUACGGACUGACCAUGAACCCCCUGCUCUACAACAUCACUCAGGUGGUCAUCCUGUCUGCGGUGUCAGGAGUCAUUUCUGACCUCCUAGGAUUUAAUCUGAAGCUCUGGAAGAUCAAAUCAUGACAGUAAACGGGAAAAACAACCAAGACUUCAUUUGGCUGAUAGACGUCUGUCAACAUUUCCGUGUGCUGACCUUCAAUAUUCUCACUUUGUGCAAUUCACAAGUUAUUUAUUUACCCUCUCAGUGUUUUUACUUAGAGCUUUUUCAAUUUGAGUGUUCUUUGACACAAGACAAGCUGUAUUUUCAGGAUAAGUGUUAGUAUUUAAUUAUUAUCAGUUAAAGUUCUCGACUGCCUUUGAGAUUCUGUUUUUUGCUCAUCGGCAAAUUUGCAGUUAAAAUGCUGAUGGAGCAACAGUUUUUUUUUUCCAUUUGCCACAGUUUUAGUUAUUUUAAAAAUACUUCAGCCCACCUGGUUUUUGAUGGGACUGUGUGAAGCCGUCACGUCCGUCUUCACAAAGUUCCUGGUUUCAGUCCGUUAGAUGAGAACUGUAAAGACACGAAUAUGCAGGAAAUGAGAACAAACAUGCUGCUCUGUGAACAUUUAGGUCAAAUAAAGGCAGAUUUGUCUGAAAAUAGUGUUUUACGGUAAUUCUCUAAAAUCACUUCACGUCUGCGACAGUGUCUCACAUUAGGACACGCUACAGAAAAUGUAAACGUCAUCACAUCACAAAUAGUUUGUCUGAAAAAUUAAUGCGGGAAAAAAUAUUUCCAGACGAGUCCAGUGUAAACUUUUGUGUCAAACAAUCUUCAAUAUUUACAGGUUAUUUCAACAUCUUUUCUUCAAUGAAACUUAAAGUUAAAGCAAGUCUGUUAGCAAAUGAAGAUAUGCACUUUAAAAAGUACGUGGAAGACAGGUUACACUUUUUGGGACAGUGUUUUGUACCUUUUGUGGUAGUUUUGUUCUUUUGCAUCAACCCAUCGUCAUGUUACAACGUGCAGGUUUAGAGGGCAGCAGAUGACAGCUCUGUGCCCGUUUCACAUCGGAAAAACCUCCAUGGUACGGGAAUUUAUAAAGCUUUUAAAACUUUUGUUGCACAAUUCAAUAAAAAAAUAUGCUGACAGAAAUCAUUUCAUCAAGUAGAGCUGGCGCUCUGACAAACAAGCUGACUUUGUAAAAAAUGCAAGCAUAAUCAUCUUCAGAGUUUGAGGAGGAGGAAGACCAAAGUGCUCGCUCAUUCAAUUGUUAUUGUCUUUGCUGGGAAAAGAAUGUAAGUCUGGCAUAAUGCUUUAAUCCUGUUUUUUGUUUGCUUUGUGUUCUUUUAUUGGGAUGUUUUUCCUCACAUUCACUGGCAAAGUUAAGACACGUUUUAUUUUAUGUUUUUAAAGGUUCAUGGUGUCUGAAACAUAUGCAAGUGAACUUAGAUAAUUUUGUUGUGAUGCUGUUUUUUUCCAAAUAGUUUAAUAGUUGUUUUAUGUGAAAUGCUCUGUCUUCAACUUUUUUAAGAAAAAAAUAAAGAAUGCUAUAUCUGACAAAAA